CUCCAAGUUUUGGAGAGUCAGGGAGGGGUCAGCCAGCCUUGGGUUGGAUUACAACGCCUCUUCAUUGUCCGAUAUAGCACGUGGAAGAUCCUGUUCUUGCGUCAUAAUGGCAAUGGGCGGAGAACUGUCUAACAGACGUAGUUGCCGUCCGGAUCACACCGAGACAGGGGCACUAGAUUCCUGAUUCCCAGGAGCGAUGAUCGAUCUCUUUCCCGUUGGCGGAACGGACACGGAACAUUUCCCGUUGUAGCUUGGCGCGUAUCUCACGAGACUGCAGUUGAGUGAACGUACGGAAUAAAUAUGUACUAAUGUUGUACUACUAGUUGAUGUUGGCUAUUGACAAGUCCGGUACGAAUCAGGUCAGUCCUAAUAUUCCUGGCUCCCUUGCACUUCUGCUGACCGUGGGCCUGGGACAACGCAUCAACAUGAGUCAAGAUGCAUGCAAACAUAUUCCCGUUCCCGAAGCAUGUCAUGUGGCGGCUCUAUCGAUUACGGCUCCUGGGUUGGAUGCAGGGUUCUUACUCGCUGGCGGACUUCCUAAGAGGUUACUAUUAACCCGGGAUUGGGGUUUGAUCUUGAUUCUCCUCCAUAUCAGAAUUCCGCCAAACGAAUUGCGUGCAUCAUCCUUACGAGUUUCAACAUUACCGAAGGCAGUGACCUUCCAGUUUCCACGGUUACAUCUGUCUCCUAUCGUUGCAUUGCAAGGGAGCGGCGUUGCUGUCUGGACUACACUAAUUAUAGUACUCACGCAUGAAAAGUAUGGACAUUGGCCAGAGUAUUCCACUGUUCUCAGACACGUCGACGCUGACCACCUCUACUGUACAAAAUUCCAAGUCACUAUCGCAAUCGCACCCUUCGGGAUGUCUAAUAUCGACAGCACCGAGCACGCGAAACAAGCUAACGAAAGCCAAAUCACGCUUCCGCUAAGACAAGUGAGAGAACCGACUGUUCCAUCGCUUCCACAAACGCACACCGAUUCCGAGACCCUCAGCACAAUCCCAAGCCAACAAACCGGCCCCUAGUAAAGGUAUCCUGCCGGGGAACUCGACUUUACACUGACAUCUUAGUCCGACCAGGAUCGCCAGAGAAUCGGACAUCCUGUGGUUUGUAC